CAUCACGCAGUCUCGCUUCCCUUGCUAAUAUAUAUACAAGUGUACUUGUCUGAAUGUAGAUAACUUUAAAAUUUAAAGAUUGGAUAUACCUUGGGACCAUUGAAAAAUGGACCAUAGAUUGUUUGAUGCAGCUCGUUCGGGAGACACGACAACACUUCAGUUGCUACUUCAAGAAGAUCCUCUUCUUCUCGACCGUUUCUCUAUGUCUUCUCUAGAGAAUCCUCUCCAUGUCUCAGCCUUCUCCGGCCAAGCUGCCUUCGCGGAAGAAAUCUUGCGUCACAAGCAAGAGUUAGCUCUGGAGCAGAACCAACAAGGUUUUAGUCCUCUUCACAUUGCUUCAGCCUCAGGGAAGAUAGAGGUCGUGAGAGCUCUCCUAAGUGUCGGUCCGAAACAUGUUCUCUGCCGCUUGAAGGACAAAGACGAGUCGAUUCCUCUUCACUGCGCGGUGCAGAGAGGAAGAGCCGAGGUGGUUAAAGAGCUGGUUUCGUCUUUCCCUGAAUCUCUCCGGGAAGUGAAUGCUUCUCUUGAGACACCUCUUCACGUUGCUGUUAAGAACAAUCAAGUCGAAACUACAAAGUUGUUGCUAGAAGAGAUCAAGAAGCGUGACAUGUCACCAGGGAUCGUUAACAUGGGGAAUCGAGAAGGCAAUACAGUCUUGCAUCUUGCAACACUUGGGAAACAACUUCAGAUUGUGGAGAUGUUAAUUGGUGACGAUGCAAUACUCCCCGGAUCGGUAGAUGUAAACAGACAAAACAGAAACUGGUUAACACCGAAGGACAUACUCGACGUGGUUAUUGAAACCGAAGGAGGAAGUGUUUCCGAAAUGUACAGAGUUGUUCAAAUCUUUCAGACAGCUUCAGCAAAUAACGCGCGUACGGAACGUCAACUGCUUAAACGUAGCCAUCCUACUAGAAACCCUAUUCGUAUGAUAAAGAAUCAUAUAAACGACGAGAUUAAUAACUCCACACUCGAACAGCGAGAAACCUUAAUGAUUGUUGCAACGCUCAUAGCCACACUUACAUUCACCGGAUGUCUUCAGCCUCCGGGAGCUUUCAAGAGUGAUGACGCUAACGGUGGUUCACAGAACAACGCCACAAACACAACAAAGACAUCACUAGGCCGAACUUUAGAUAACAUUUUCGGACAAAGGAACAGUACUGCAGGACAAGCGAUCAUGGCGGAUAGGCGGGUUCACUUCACUCUCUACUCUGCCUUCAACGCGAUAGGGUUUUUGGUUUCGGUGGCGAUGAUCUCUCAGCUUACUAAAGGGUUCCCGCUGAGAAACUGGAUGAGACUUUGUAUUAUCUCAGCUGUGUCUACUUAUUGUCUUGCAAUCGUCUACAUAGCACCAGAUGAGGAUGUUUUUUGGGUCGUGGUUCUUGCGGCAGCAUUGCUCUUGGUUCUUCGUGAGCUUUACUUUUUUGUCAAAUCGUUGGUCAAUGGCAUUAAGGCUGCAACGAGUGAAACUUAACUGAUCACAUCCUUUUGUUGUUGUAUUUUGUCCUUCUCAUGUUUGGUUUUAUGUGUGUG